AUGCGCCGCAGCCUGUGGCUGGCUGUGGUCUGGCUGCUCUGGCUGCAGGUACUCGGCGCCACAGGAGCCCCGAGCGCAUCCCGGCGGCCACGCAGCUACCCACACCUGGAAGGCGACGUGCGCUGGCGGCGCCUCUUCUCGUCCACACACUUUUUCUUGCGCGUGGACCACCAAGGCCGCGUGCAGGGUACCCGCUGGCACCAUGGACAGGAAAGUGUGGUGGAGAUGCGCUCCGUCCGUGUGGGUGUCGUGGUCAUCAAGGCCGUGCAUUCAGGGUUCUACGUGGCCAUGAGCCCCCAGGGCCGGCUCUAUGGGUCGCGGUUCUACACGGUGGACUGCAGGUUCCGGGAACGCAUCGAGGAGAACGGCUACAACACGUACGCCUCGCUCCGCUGGCGCUACCAUGGCCGGCCCAUGUUCCUGGCUCUAGACGGCCGCGGUGCCCCUCGACGAGGACCCCGCACGCGGAGACGCCACCUGUCCACCCACUUCUUGCCCGUGCUGGUCUCCUGA